CGAAAACCAAAAGAGCAAAGUCCCGGAGAGAGGGGGAUAGAAAUAACAGGGAGAUAAACUGACAAAAAGUGUGUUUGAAGGACAAGAUUCAUCGAAUCUCAAAAGAAAGCCAUGGAUCAAAGGUGGCCCAGCUCCACUACCGACUCACUGUUUCUCCCUCUCUGCUCACAUCUCUUCUUAUUAAAUUUUCUUGGUUUUAGGAAUCGUUUUUAGCUCUGUUUCUUGCCUUUGGAAAAUACCCCCUUUUUUUUUCUCCUCUAAACUUGAUUUAGACUAUAUUUCAGCUGAACCCUGUAUUAUAGAUUAUGGCAUUUGAUCAAAAUUCAAUACAAGAAGAUCUUAGACCAUUGAAUGUAGCUAGAAUUGUAACUGAAGAGCCCCAAAUUGCGGAUGCGGUGGCUGCCACUAAUAAUACCCGCGGUACAACCAUUGACGGGUUUCUUCCCAACUCGCCUCGGGAGCUUGAGACUUAUGGUGGUGCCAUGCCUGUUCUUUAUCCAGCAACGGUGACUGAUGCCGGUUUUGCAAGUUUAGGAUAUGGGAAUGUAGUGCCCUUGACACCAGGUGUCCCUGCAUGGAGGCCUCACAUGCCUUUGCCUGGGCCGGUUGGGAAUUCAAGUAUGAACCUGGUUGGCGGGUUCGGUUAUAGUCCGAAUUUGGGCAAUAUGGUGGCUGCUAAUGCCGUGCAUCAGGUUAGUAAUGAUGUGGUAGCUGGGCAUGGUUAUAGUCCUAGUCUGGGCAAUAGGAUUAGUGGGAAUAGGAGUGAUCAAUUGAGUAAUGAUAGGGUGACUGUAGGCUUAGCUCAUAGUUGUAAUAUGGGAAACAGGGGUAGUCGUAAUGGGAAUGAAUUAAUAGGUGGGGUUGGUUAUAAAUCAAAUUCAGGAGUUGGAAGUAAUGGCAAUGGUGCUGAUCAGGUUAAUGACGAGGGUGGGGAUGAUUCUGUGUCUGGGAAAAAGGUUAAGUUUUUGUGUAGUUUUGGGGGGAAGAUAUUGCCUAGACCAAGUGAUGGGGUGUUGAGAUAUGUAGGGGGGCAGACAAGGAUUGUUAGUGUUAGAAGAGAUGUGAGCUUUAAUGAGUUUGUGCAAAAAAUGGUGGAUACUUAUGAGCAACCUGUGGUUAUCAAGUACCAGCUUCCUGAUGAGGACCUUGAUGCAUUAGUUUCCGUUUCAUGCUCCGAUGAUCUUGUUAAUAUGAUGGAUGAGUAUGAGAAAGUGAUUGAAAGGUCUUCAGAUGGAGCUGCUAAACUAAGGGUAUUUUUGAUUUCGGCUUCGGAACUUGAUCCUUCCGGUACGGUUCAAUUCGGGGAUUUGCAUGACAAUGGGCAGAAAUAUGUUGAGGCAGUUAAUGGAAUUGUGAAAGGAGCUGCUGGUGGCAUCGCACGUAAGCAGAGCAUAGCAAGUGCGACUUCAACACCAAACUCUGAUAUUAGUGGGAGUGAAGCUGUUGAUAGCUCAGGUGCUGUUCAAGGGGAUGUUGGUGGACCUCCAUCAACAAACUUGUUGUCGCCUAGAGGGAAUUUACCUAUUUCCGGUGUUCAUUUAGGAAGCCCGGCAGUUAAUAUCGGUCCUCAAACACUUUCGUCCCAACUUGAGUUUGAGUCUGGGAGGACGGUGCAGCUUGCUUCAACACAGCAGCAAUUGGGAUAUGAUCUGCAGCAACACUAUGCAUCUACACAUGUUGAUCCUCGCUAUGAAGUUACAAGCCAUACCGAAUAUAUGCAGUUUGCACCUCAAAUGGAGUUCUCAAAUCCUAAGUUCCUGGGAAAUACUGGUUCUGUGUUCAAUCAACAGCAGCCUCAAGGAAAUGCCCCUCAUCAGUACAUUCCUGCUUUUAACAUGACUAUGACUCCCUCCAUCUCUCAUGUUGUUGUUAGACCAGCAGCGUUUCAGCCGCUGUUGCAACACCAACAAACUCCAUUGGAGCAUUAUCCUGAUCAAAAUGCAUUUGGAACAAGGGUAAUUCAGCAUCCUGUUUAUCAGAGCCACAAUAUUUAUCAGGCCGAGAUUCCAUCAGCAAUGGUUGCAGGAGGUUAUACUUUCCAUCAUACUCCACAAACUGAGCAUGUUGUCUUCUCGGAUGGAUCAUUGCAGCAGAUCAAAGUAACUACUCCAGCGAAGAUCCCCAGUAUCGAGGACUGCUUUAUGUGUCAAAAGGCAUUGCCUCAUGUGCAUUCUGAUCCUUUGGUGCAGGACCAAAGAGAUGGUGAUGUAACACCUAUGGUGAAUGCAGAUUCUAGUUAUCAUGGUCUGCAUCAAGAAGACUCAAUGAGAAUUUCAUCAGUGAACAAAGUUGUGGUGACCGCACCGACAGGGGAUGUCAUUGCUCACCAGCAAGCUGGGGUGCGACAACUUGGCCAUGUUGAUCAUCAAGUUGGUGGAUUGAAGUCAGAGGCAGUUGGAUGCUCUCAAGAUCCUGAUGCACCAUAUGGACAUGAAGGAAAUAUUUCCCCAAUAACAGAUAAUUCUGAUCACCCUAGGAUUCCAGCAAGCCUAGGUUUGAUGGUUUUGGCAGGUGAGUUUCAAUCACCAUAUGUUUUGCCAACUCAAUACCAGUUCCAAAAGGAGGUUCCACAUGUUGAGGCAAUUGGCACUCAUGCUUUAGAACAGCCAGUGCACGAAACGUCAAGGGUUCCUGCUGUACCUAAAGAAGAUAGCGUAGACCCUAACCAUCUGAUCCAAAUUGAUAGGAUGAUGGAGACUCUUCAAAUGAGCAAUGAGCAGAGUAGUUUACCUAUUGAUAAAACUAGAAAAGAAGAUAUCUUGGAUGAAAAAUCUCCACAUAUAGCUGGGGAAGAGUUGCUAUUGGAUAAUCUAGUAACACAUGCACAUCCAAAAGUUGGUGUUGAAGUUCAAUAUGGGAACCCUCCAUUUUCUGGUGUUGUAUCAGCACAUACAUUGGGAUUCGAUGAAGUUUCUUUGAUGCAGCAGAAGAUUGUACAAUGCGACACCGAAGCUGUUCCUUCUAAUGCUAACAGCCAAGCUUACUUUUCACCAUCCAAUAGAGGUGGAGAUGUUUUGGAUUCCUCCAACUCACUUUUUAGCAAUCAAGAUCCUUGGAAUCUACAACAACAUACUUACUUUCCUCCUCAACCUAACAAAAUUCAAACAAAGAAAGAAUUAUUGGCUCUGCGAGAGGACCGAGACCCUUUUGGAGAGAACCAGGCAGUAAUUGGUGGGGAAUCUAAUAUCGAAUUGGAAGAUGAAGUUUACCAGCCAUUAAGCCAUUUAAAUGAGAAUUUGAGUUCAGACCACACACAGUCUAUGAAAGGCUCAGGUGAGGAACUCAUCAGGGAAGAACUACAAGCUGUUGCUGAAGGAGUAGCUGCUUCUGUUUUCCGGUCCUCUACUCAUUCAAAUCCUGACGUUCCAGCAGAGACCAAUGCAUCUGGUAAUGCAGGCUAUCAAGACACAAAUGUUUUACCCAGUGACAUUAAACUGCAACACAAAGCUAAAUUUGAGGAAUUAAAGACUAAACAGCCAGAUAGAACAAAUUUUGGUCUUCGAGUUUCGGAUGGCAUUGGUGGCUUGCAGGUUAUAAAAGACAGAGACCUUGAAGAGCUGUGGGAGCUUGGUUCUGGCACCUUUGGUACAGUUUAUCAUGGGAAGUGGCGGGGUACUGAUGUUGCAAUUAAACGAAUAAAUGAUAGAUGUUUUGCUGGAAAACCCUCUGAACAAGAACGCAUGAUUGAUGAUUUCUGGAAUGAGGCAAUUAAGCUUGCUGACUUGCAUCAUCCCAAUGUUGUGGCUUUCUAUGGUGUUGUACUUGAUGGUCCUGGUGGUUCUGUAGCAACAGUGACGGAAUAUAUGGUUAGUGGUUCUUUAAGAGAUGCUUUACAGAAGAGCGAGAGGAACCUUGACAAGUGCAAGCGGCUUUUGAUUGCCAUGGAUGUGGCCUUCGGAAUGGAGUAUUUGCAUGGAAAGAAUAUAGUGCACUUUGAUUUGAAGAGUGAUAAUUUACUUGUCAAUCUUCGAGAUCCUCACCGCCCAAUAUGCAAGGUUGGUGAUUUGGGGCUAUCAAAGGUGAAAUGUCAAACUCUAAUAUCAGGUGGUGUGCGCGGAACACUUCCAUGGAUGGCGCCAGAACUUCUGAAUGGCAGCAACAGUCUCGUGUCGGAAAAGGUUGAUGUGUUCUCGUUCGGUAUUGUGAUGUGGGAGCUUCUCACUAGAGAAGAACCAUAUGCAGACUUGCACUAUGGGGCUAUUAUUGGUGGUAUUGUGAGUAAUACACUGCGGCCAGCGGUUCCAGAAUCAUGUGAUCCCGACUGGAGAUCAUUGAUGGAGAGAUGCUGGUCAUCAGAGCCAUCAGAGAGACCAAAUUUCACCGAGAUCGCGAACGAGUUACGGUCAAUGGCUGCUAAAAUUCCACCACGUAAAGGACAAAGCCCAUAAUCCUCAGUCUGAAAAUGAAAUUGAACAAUCUGCUCAUAGGUCAUAUAUGUGUUUGCGAGGGAACUGACUUUUUCCCCACUGGUUUUUUUAUAUAGAUGGUUUCAUACAAAUCUUGAAUGCGCUGUAAAUACAGUUCCAUAUAAGUGGAGAAUGUUUUCCUUUUUCUUUAAUUGUAAAAUCUUACAUCAUUCUUCAAUCAAACAAGGUUGAAUUUACUUGCUUAA